UUUUCGUGAGUAGGAUUAUGUUGUGAUAAAAGUUUAUAAAUUUCAAAAAUCCAAAAGUAUACUCUACAGACAAAAUCACUAAUCAUUAUUAAGAUCUACAUAGUCUUGUCAAAUGAUAUAUUUAGUCAUUCCAGAUACAUAAAUCUUAUAACAAGGACGUGUACUUCGCACUGCUCCAAUAAUAUUUAGGAGAUAUCUUCACGUAUCGCAAAAGUUAAAUCAAAAUAUGGGCAUUGAUGGAAAUAAUAUAUUGGCUGAAAGCUUAAAGCGACAGGGAAUAGAAUAUGUGUUUGGAAUAGUUGGUAUUCCAGUAAUAGAAACAUCCCUAGCAUUUCAAUCGGUUGGAAUCAAAUAUGUAGGUAUGCGGAAUGAACAAGCUGCAGCUUAUGCAGCCCAGGCCAUUGGAUAUCUCACAGGAAAGCCAGGAGUAUGUCUUGCUGUAUCUGGGCCGGGCCUGUUGCAUUGCAUUGGUGGUAUGGCAAAUGCUCAAGUGAAUUGUUGGCCACUGUUGGUUAUUGCUGGCUCUUGUCCUGAAGAUCAUGAAGGCAUCGGGGGAUUCCAAGAAUGGCUGCAGGUAGAAUCUAGCCGUCUUUAUUGCAAAUACGCGGUGAGACCUCCAUCACCGAAGCUGAUUCCUUUACACGUCGAAAGAGCUGUUCGAAGCGCUUGUGCUGGCCGACCAGGUGUCGCAUACCUCGAUAUGCCGGCUACACUACUAACGGCAGAGGUGGAUGAAGAUAAAGUACCGUUGGACUACUAUAACGCCGGCCAGUUGACUCUUGCGCAUCCCGAUCCGAGUUUAGUAGAUCGCGCUGCGGAGGUACUGUCCAAGGCAGAGCGCCCUCUGGUGAUUGUAGGCAAAGGCGCGGCGUAUGGAAGAGCUGAGGAGCCUAUACGGAAAUUGGUGGAAAAUACAAAAAUUCCCUUCCUGCCUACACCCAUGGGCAAGGGCGUUGUACCGGAUGAGUCGCCAUACUGUGUGUCAACUGCUCGUACGCAGGCCUUGCUCAAGGCAGAUGUGGUACUACUCCUCGGGGCUAGACUUAACUGGAUGCUUCACUUUGGUCAAGUGCCUCGAUUCGCACCGGAUGUCAAAAUUAUUCAGGUGGAUAUAUCACCAGAGGAAUUCCACAAUAGUGUAAAGUCUGAAGUCGCUGUACAUUCCGAUAUAAAACCGUUCGUGGAUGCGCUCGCGCAGAAACUGGCGAAUAAGAAGUUUUCUCUACAGCCAAGCGCUGGUUGGUGGCAGGCACUUAAGGAGAAACAGAAGAAGAAUACUGAAUUUGUUGAGGCUCAAGCAAACGACAAAUCACUUCCGUUGAACUACUACGCCGUGUUCAAGACUGUGCAGGCGCACAUACCUAAAGAUUCUAUCAUAGUGAGUGAAGGAGCUAACACAAUGGAUAUUGGGAGAGGGAUGCUCCUGAAUAAUCUUCCGAGACAUCGGCUGGAUGCUGGAACUUUUGGCACUAUGGGGGUGGGUCCGGGCUUCGCAGUGGCAGCGGCCAUGUGGUGUCGGGACCAUGCACCUAACAAACGCGUAGUUUGCGUCGAAGGCGACUCCGCCUUUGGAUUUUCAGGUAUGGAAAUCGAAACGAUGUUCCGUUACAAACUGCCUGUCAUUAUCGUUAUUGUUAACAAUAACGGAAUAUACAGCGGAUUUGAUAAGGAAAUGAUGCAAGAUAUACAGGGCAGCGGCGAUGUCGCACAGUGCACGCCACCAACCGCCCUAUCCAGCGAGGUGAGAUAUGAAAAAAUGAUGGAAUUGUUCGGUUUCUCGGGUCAUCUCUGCCGCACCACUCAAGAGAUUGAGGCCGCUCUUAAGGAAGCCGUCAAAGUGACAGAUAGGCCCAGUAUUAUAAAUAUUCUAAUCAAUCCACAGGCGAACAGGAAACCGCAAACAUUUAACUGGCUCACUGAGUCGAAAUUGUAAAUUUUCGAUGCUAUAUUAUGUAUUUGACGUUAAAAAUUUAAGAUAAGUUGCCCGUAGAAAAAAAUAUGAGAUCACUAUAUCCUAGUGAUUAUCAACCAACGUGGCUUCCCAAAGUUCCAAGUUCUAACCCAGAAGUUCUUGUUUAAAUUCUGUCCAAAUAGUUGUUUUGUGUAAAGCGCAGAAGGCUGUUGUUACUUCUCCAUAAAUCAUUGGGCGUUAUAAGACUUUACAAGUAAUACAAAUAUAAUGUAUAAAUGGGACCAAUUUUAGAGUAUAUAUUUUUGUUUUUAUUGAACAUUGAAUACACAGGAGUAGGGUACUUAUAAGAAACGGUACUGGUCAAAAAAGUUUCACAAGUUGAAAAAAUUGUGAUGUAAAAUUAAAACCAAAGCGCACUUGGACUAUUCAACUUAUUUUACUUCCAUUCGACCUUUUUAUAAAAUAUUUAACAGUUAGGUACCAUUACUUUCAAUUAAAAAAUAAAUUAAAGACUUGCAUAUACAGUUAUUUUAAUUUGUUUAAGUGCAUACUGCAAUUGCCAAUCGACCAAAGCUAUAUUUUAUUAAUGUACUUUUAAAUGGUGCUAAUUAAGUAUUUUUUUAUUAACAAAAUUUAUGGAAUAUCCUCGACUCCAAGAGGUACUAACCCUGUGUGGGUCCAGAAAUUAUAACUGAUAUAUAGUUUGGAGUGAAGAAUAAUUCAUAAACUUAGAAAUAAUUUGUUGCGGGUAUAAAUAAUACACAGGGUGUAGGUUUAAGGAUAACUUUUAUAUUGUCUGUCUAUUGAGUCAUUUUACAUCACGUUUGUAUAUGUUGAACUUAAAAUUAUAUAAAUAUAUUAUUUGUUAUAAACUAAA